AUGAUCGGGUUGAACUCGUUAGUCUUUUUGGCCCUCGUGCCGAGCAUCUCUCUGGCUCAAACUACAAUCAGCAUCCCGUCUUCAGGAGCAAACGCGGUUCAAGUCAGCUCCUCCUUCGUGAACACUGGUUUCGAGCUUUCAAGCCUUCAAUUUUUUGUGCAAACAAGCCCAUCCGAUAAUUCCUCCAAUCAGUACUCAAUCAAUCUCUUGAAUGCCCUUUUCGGUAAAUCAGGGGGACGGCCCGUCUUACGAGUCGGUGGUGUUACUGGGGAUGGCUACGUCUUCGAUAUGAACUUGACACAGCCUAUCUAUCCAAACCCUGCCGCUCCAAGUGGGCAGAAGGGAGCCACAAGAAUUGGACCUAGCUUUUGGUCCCUGACAAAGAACCUUGCUGCUGCCAACCCGCUAUGGCAGCCGCAGGUAUCUUACACCAAUACCACUGAUACGCUGACAGUCCAAGACGGCGUAUCAAUCGUCAAGUCCAUCGGUACCAGCAACAUCAUUGCGAUCGAAAUCGGCAACGAGCCGAAUGAAUAUAAAGGCCACACAGAUCCCUCGGCGAUGAACGCUACAUUCUACUCAAACCGCUUCCAGGGACUCGCAGCCAAUAUCUCGCAAGCUGCUGGAAUCAACCCGACGACUCCAUUCUUUGCAGGACCUGAUCUUGCGUCUUAUGAUCUACAAAAGACUGAUUGGUCCAUCGAGGAUCUCUUCCAGAACACCAGCUUUGACAAAACUGGCAACAUCAAAUUAGCGACAGACCACUGGUAUUUGAGUGAAGGAGAUACCUCUAUCCCGGACGUGAUGAACCACGCGAAAAUGAUCAGUACUUCGGCACCUAUAGCCACGGCCGCAAAGUUCUUCCAGCAAUACGGCAAAGUCGACUAUGUUCUGGAUGAGUUCAACGUCUUGAACGGAGGGCCAAAUCUGGCUUUCUCCUCUUCACUUGGUUCAGCCUUGGCAAGCGUUGAUUUCCUGCUAUACGCCAUGACGCUAGGCGUGAAGAGGAUUCAUUUUGAGCAAGUCUAUGGCUCAAACCAAGCCAUUUGGAUUCCAUGCAACAAUGGCAGCACGGUCGCACAGACACACUCAGGAUACUAUGCCCUCAUCACCGCGUCGGAGUUCAUCGGCGGGACCAGUGGCAAUACGAAGGUCCAGCAGAUCACCCCUGGCGGCGGUAACGACGGAUCGACUUUCUCUGCGUACGUUGCAUACAACGGUAACACUCCGAACCGUGUUGCUCUUCUGAACCUGAACUACUGGGACCAGUCGCAAAAUAUUGCGCGCCCACAGCCGACCAUCCAGGUCAGCGGCAUUCCAUCGGGUCUGUCUUCAGUGAAUGUUGAGUACCUCACCAAUCCAGGGGGUGCCGGCCAGAAUGCGGAUCAGACAACGUUUGGGGGCAGUCAGUGGCCAUACUCGACUCUUGGCGUUGAGAAAAAGGGGGUUCAGAACACGACCAUCCCAGUGGCAGUGAAGGGCGGUGUGGCUCAGAUUCCAAGUCCAUAUAGCUCUGUUGCUAUCGUCUACUUGUCUUGA